AAUGGCGUCCGCCUCCUUCACACAAAAUUGACAAAACCUUGACACUUCGUUCACGCGUUGUCAGAGUUCUUUGUCUUCUGACGUCUUAUGGAGGAGACAUUUUGAGACGUAGUACGUGUAGAUGUUAACAACACUCUCUUCCAUGAAUGGCAGCCGUUCCAGCUCCACAUUGAGACUUAUGGAUGAUAGAAUGUUUAGCUCUGACUCCAGCGCCGGAGGCUUUGAAGAGAGGGGAAGAGAGGAUGAGUUCCUGAAUGAUUCUUACACUUCUUCGAUUGUUGAGAUCACAGAUAUCGACAGUCGAGGAAACAACACCCCGUAUCACACCACCGUUAUCCUGAAGCGAUGCAGACAACAAGUAUUGAUGCCAUACUGGAAACUUCUCUUCCUUAUUGGCUGGCGACCUUUUGGCAGGGAUCGUAUCAACUACCACUGGGGCUGGAGGAUCCUCAACCUAAUCUACCCCGUCCUGCUGGUUGCAUUGAUGUUCUAUGUCUACACUUACAGAAUACUAUCCUGUCAGAGCAGAUAUGACGUACCAAUAGCAAUAGUAACCACCACGAUUCCAGUGACGAACUCCUCCCCAGCUUUAACCACCACCAUACCAGCCAACAGCUCCUACGACCUCACCCCCUCGGUGGAUACUUACCAUCUGUGUACCCACCUGGCCACCUCCUACAUCCUGCCAGACAUCCUUCAUUUCAUGGCAUUCCUGCUGGGUUUCUGGUACUUCAGGGUACAAGACAACGAGCAAAUGGAUGCCCUUAUUCAGCAGGCUUUCUUACACGCUACACCGAAUCAACAUGGAAGCAACACACAGGCCAUGAUGAUAAAGACAAUGAAGUGGAUUCUUGUUGGUGGUGCCCUGUGGGUGUUAGUCGCAAUAGGCAAGAAUAUACUCUUUCUGGUUGCAUUUGGACUUGACAACACUGUUUAUCCUUUCUUCACUGAAGAUGCUUGGAACGGAGUGAAUAUUGCUCUACUCUGCCUCAACAUGUUCGGUUGUCUCAUCUACAACUUGAUCAACACGGCCGUCGUCGUCAACUACACUGUGCAAUGUGAAACCAUCAUCUGCUUUGUUCGUAGCAUUCGGGAACGCCUGCUGGAGAAGACUAGUGACCUGCGAAUGAUCAUGCAUGAUAUUUUAAAAGUCUGGCAGGCCACGCAGCAGCUAAAUGGACCAAUGGCGAAGAUGAUGUCGUUGUGUGCCUUUAACUUCGCUUCGCUGGUCAUAGUAGGUAUAAGCCUACUGCUGUUUCAUCGUAACGUACAAACCACGCCGUUAGUGGUCACAUAUCGUAUGUGCUAUCUACUCGUCUGGCUGACUAUUCUGGUGUUUCCUUUUGUACAGGCUGCUAGACUGAGUGCCACGUACAAUAAGUUUGAGCAAGCAGCAUUGGAGAUGCGGGUGUUCGGGUACCAGACCGCCUCGCCACAGGAGUUGGACUCCUUUCUGCAGUUUGUGUCGACAGCCAAGUGCAAGGUUCGACUUCUGUUCAUUCCCGUCAUGAAUGCCAAUGUUUACGGGACGCUCCUCUUAGUGUCGUUCCUACUGCUGAUCCUGGUUCAGACUGGAGUUAUCAAAGGUCCGUCAAACUACCUCUAGUGGCUGUGAAGCAAGAAAGACGCUCCGUACGUGAGUCACCCAUUAAAAACAGACCCGAGUUUGUCCUUGAGUUCUGGUUGGUACUCACCCAUUUUACAAAGAGCUGGGCCUAAUUUUAUUGCUCUGCAUACUUCAAUUAAUCAAUCAUCAAUCGUAAAUUUAUAACGCACUAAUCCAACAGUCGUUGCUCAUAGCGCCGUACAGUAAAAAAAAGAAGUUGAGAUUUAAGGAGAGUUUUGAAAUUUGAAGUAGAUUGCCUGAUGUUUUCAGGAAGAUGAUUCCACAUCCUUGGUGCUGCGAUAGAAAAGGAACGAUCCCCCCAACUGUGUUUAGUUCUUUGAAUGUGAAAAAUUGAAAUGUGGGAACAGGAAUACAGAUUUCUAACAGGUUCUUUGAUUGACAAUAAGUCAAUGAGAUAUGAAGGGGCUGAGGCAUUGAGGCAGCAAAACACAAGCAGGAGGAUCUUAAAUUGAGAGCGUGACUCUUCAGGAUUGGUGUCACAUGAUCACAUUUUUGGCACAUACUACCAAACGAGCUGCCCAAUUCUGAAGUUUUUGGAUGGUCAUAUUUGCUUACUGUGCAAACGGCAAAUUUCUACAAAACCUGUGUAAGCGAAGAGUGCCUAGAAACAUGGAGUACGUACAUAAACAAGCAAAACUUUCCUGCUACUUUUGAAUUACGUGGGACUUAAGUUCCUUACUUCCAGAAGUGCUGAUGCUAAGCUUAUGGUAAGCAGAGCCUUUAAAUUGGGCCCAGUUCUCAACAUAAUCUUUCUGUUUGAGGUGUCACUGCCUGUGAGUUUACUGACAAAAAUAUCAACAAAAUUUUACAGAUUCUAUGACAUGAAGUAUUGGAAAAAAUGUGUUUUAAAGCAGCUUUGAAUGAUACAAAUCAACCAAACUUAAGAAAUUGGAUAAGAAAAGGUAGGACUUUCUCUCUGCUCUUCAGCAUUUUGAUUAUUUGAGGCUUGUGAGUCAGAAUCACUAUGCCUUGGGGAAGUGGGUUCCAGGCAGGAUGGAAUGGUUAUAAAACAACCACUUUACUGAUAACGGCUGAAGAGUCACAGUAAAACCGGUCAGUAGGAUUAAGAAAUUUUAGUAAGUGGGAAAUUUAUGGAUGAUGAUGACAGUGAAGGAAUCUUCACGCGACUCCAGUACUAACUUCCCACAAAUUAACUUUUUUAUUUUUGUUAAUUAAUUUUGGUGACCAAAAAAACAGAUAUUAGUUUUUUUGGUAUGAACCGGCAAAACUAUUGCAAGACUACUUUAUUAUUCUUGUUUGAUAUUGGAUAUCAUUACUGAGGCUGAACCAUUGUUUACUCUUUAGUUUAUUUUCUUUGAGAGCACAGAUAAGGACUAAAUAAGUCCCAAACUGUCUGAACAAUUGUUCAAAGUUUUGUGUUUGAUAGAUGAAAGUUGGUUAAUUAAAAACAGUACUCCUUGUGAAACCAGCUUUUAUAAAAAGAAAAGAUACAAACUUGUAACACUGAAAUACAAACUUUUCUUUUUGAAAUAUUGGUGUCUUGGAGCAUUAUUUUGGAAAUUCUUGAUGGCUUCAGAUUAUCGGCAAACUGGAGCUUGAAUAGCGCCCUCAUUGUGUGAAACUUUGGAAAAUUUAUAUUUCCUAUAGUUAUAAUUCAUUGACUUUCCAAAAACUGACCAAUGCGUUGGUCUCUAAGAGAGACAGUAUUAUUGCAGUAUUAUUGUCAAAAGAUGUUCUUCCAUUUUAAUAAUUUCAUUAAUUAUUCAUUAAUCUUAAAUGUGAAUAGUCAACAAGCUUGUCAGUGCUAUCAAAAAUAUAUUUUGCAAAAACAGAUCCUGUUUGUUGCACAAUUUUGAUGUAUACUUAGAUCCAUAUAGAUAAAUAUAUUAAUUUUUGUGAUGUUUCCAAGUACCAAUAAUUUUUUAUAACAAGUCAAAAGAAAGACUUAAAUCAACUCGGACGGAGCCAUUUUUAAGGCAGAGACUAUGUUUCAAAAAUGGUUUGAUACAAAUAAAUUAUUCCUUUUGAAAAUUAAAUUUUCAAAAUAUAUGACUUAAAUUUAAUAUAAAACCACAUUAUAACAAUUUAAAGUUACUCAGCAUUAUAUAUUUUAUCGUAAUUAAGCAUACAGUUAAGAGUAUACUUCAGUUCUUUUACUUUUCAACUACUAUCUAUAAAGUCUAACAAACAAGAAUUGUUAAUUUUGAAAUGUUUUUCAUUAUACUUUUGAAAAGAAGUUUUGAAUAAUUUAUUUUGAUUUACAAAAGGAGUUUUAUUUCUUUGAUUUUCUGUAAAAUGUUUUGUAAACCGAAAACUAGCCUUUAUAUGCAAUAUAUUUACAUUUAAAAGUAUUUAAAUAGUGUGCUCUAACGGACAUUUUAGAAUGUGAAAUCCAUAGUUUUAAAUCAUUUUUUACUUCAUCCCGACAAAACAAUGUCUCUCUGGGCACAGCCCAUCAAGUUCAUCAAUUAAUUCUUAGGGCCAUUUCGAAACCACUGCUUCAGCUUUGGUUUUCUGUUUCAAAGUUCCCUGUGCAAUUUUUUAAAUCGUGAAUACAGAUUUUAAGCACACAUUAAAGGGCACCAGACGAAAUUGAGUGAGAAAUAAAGGCACCUCCGAAACCUCGUCUUGGGUUCGGGUUCUUAGCUCCGUUUUGAUAUUUGGAACUCACUGCAAAAAUUAAUGUCCACUGUUCCGAAAUCCAAGUGGGAUCGCGAGCUGGAGCCCAAGUCGAUGUUUGGGGACGAGGUACCGUCCCUGUGGGGACGAAACGGCCUUGCUCCCUGAGAACGAGGAGUCGCUCGUUACGGUUUAAACAGCAUUUUCCAACACUUGUAAAAUGAAAUAAAAAGUGGC